UCUUACUGCGCAAGUCACACUUUUCCUUCCAAAAUGGCGACCGAARAUCAAAAUGUCGGCGGGUUUUCUCGAGGACUUGGCAAAAUAAAGCAGUGGGUUGGCUGGUCCUGGACCUAUCUCUGGGGAUUCUGGUUCCUCCUUGUUAUCUUCCUUCUCUACGUUCUCCGGACUCCACUUCGUCUCAAAGAGAAUUUUAACUUGGUCAUCAUGUUCUUAAAUACCCUGACCCCCAAAUUUUAUGUAGCAUUAACUGGAACAUCAUCUUUCAUAUCUGGCAUUAUAUUGAUCUUUGAAUGGUGGUACUUCAGAAAGUAUGGUACUUCAUUCAUAGAGCAUAUGUCGUUAUCACACCUUGGGCCGUUACUAGGCGGGAGUGAUAACUCGCAACAAAACCCAUCACAGAAUGUUGCAGAAUGCAAAGUAUGGAGGAAUCCUAUGAAUUUAUUCAGAGGUGCUGAAUACAACAGAUAUCUUUGGGUAACUGGCAAGGAGCCUUUAACAUACUAUGAUAUGAAUCUAUCAGCUCAAGACCACCAGACAUUUUUUACGUGUGAUGCUGAUGAGACCAGUUCUAAUCCUUGUGAUGAAGUGAUGCUGAAAGCAUGGAGAGAACGUGACCAAGACAAGAGAAUUAAAGCUGCCGAGAGUGCUCUUACUAUUGACCCAAAUUGUCUGACAUCUCUAAUACUUUUGGCUGAAGAAAAAGCUCAGACUAUAACAGAGGCUGAAUCAUAUCUUUCAAGAGCUUUGAAAAAAAGUGAAGAAAAUCUAAGAAACGGGGCUCUGACUAGCGAAACUAAAGAAGAUGCCAUACAUAGGAAAAACACAAAUAUUUGCGUAUAUAUCCGCAGAAGACUGGCUAUGUGUGCUAGAAAACUUAGCAGAACUAAGGAAGCCAUAAAAAUGAUGAGAGAUUUGAUGAAGGAGUUUCCAAUGAUGAGUGUUCUGAAUAUACAUGAAAACCUUAUAGAAGCACUGUUAGAGAUACAAGCAUACACUGAAGUACAGCAAGUAUUAGCUAAAUAUGAUGAUAUAGCGCUACCCAAGUCAGCUACAAUCUGUUACACAGCAGCCUUACUCAAAGCAAGAGCUGUCUGUGACAAGUUUUCUCCUGAAAUAGCAGCUAAAAGAGGGUUAAGCCCUGCAGAGAUGGCGGCAGUAGAAGCUAUCCACAGGGCUGUUGAGUUCAACCCCCACGUACCUAAGUAUCUUUUAGAGCAAAAAAGCCUUGUAUUACCACCUGAGCAUAUUCUAAAAAGAGGUGACAGUGAAGCCGUCGCUUAUGCAUUCUUUCAUCUUCCUCACUGGAAAAGAGUAGAGGGAGCUACCAACCUACUUCAUUGCACUUGGGAAGGAACAUUCCGUCUCGUACCAUACCCUCUUGAAAAAGGUCAUCUGUUUCAUCCUUACCCAGGAUGCACUGAGAAUGCGGACAGGGAACUUAUGCCAAGUCAUCAUGUGCUAUCAGUGUAUCCCAAGAAGGAACUACCAUUCUUCAUUCUCUUUACUGCUGGCUUGUGUUCCUUUACUGCCAUUCUUGCUCUUCUUACGCACCAAUUCCCAGAACCAAUGGCUAACCUGGCACGUACUUGUCUUGUGUGGAUCUCUGCUCCAUUCACUCUCAUCAUUCAGAAAGUGGAAGACUUUUUUCCUGCUCACAUCUGGCAGCAGUUGACCAGGAUCUAGACAUACCUGCCGCCUGUCACCUCUCUCCAUCAAACUAUAGUGAUAACCUGCUUCAGACCUUAACUUUUGAGUUCUAACUUUGUAAUCAUAAUAUUGUUUGAAGCUGUCGUAAAAUUGAUCAUCUAACUCUUGUUGAUAGCUGUUGUAAGAUUGAUCAUCUAACUCUUGUAACACCAUUUUAACAUUGUAACGGCUUGACUCCAAAACAAUAACUUAUGAUCUAGAAAGUACCUUAUAAACUCACCUCAUAAUUGUACUUGGACGGGCUUCCUGUGGCAAAUUAAACAACACAGGAACCCUGAUCCAAGAAAAUAUUUUAUUUUCUGAAAACAUGAAGAAACAUUAUGUGACCAUUGUCAAGCUUCAUAUCGAAUGGUAGGACUGUUGAGACCAGAUAACUGUUGACCAGAUUGGAAUAUAUUUAGUCACAGUUGUUUUUAGUUGCAUAAUACCACUGAGCUUGACAAAUGUAGCCUGAUUUUGACCCAAUAAACGAAAGUCACUAAAAAAAAGGAGAUAUCCAUGGCAUUGUUUAGACAAUUGUUCCGUUUCAACCCAGUCGUCCCACGAUAUGAAACUUGCCAAUGAAAAGUACUUGUGAAGGUUAUAUUCUUUCAUGGGCUUCCUCUAUUAGAGAAUAAGACAGGUAACCCAGAGAAAGAAUGACUACCUAAGGUAUGUAACUCCUCCAUUAACUACAUGUAAAGACACUAAUCCUAAUAGAAAAACCUUAAAACCCUCAGCRACAUAAAAUCAUUUCUAAAAUGUUGUUAAAUUGAAAAAGUAUAUAUUUAUGUAGAGGAAGAGGAAAAAUAUAAAGACUAUAUUAAAAUAUUGUUGAAUGCAA